AUGUCGACAGAACUCUUUGUAACAUUAUCAAAUGAUUUCAAGAGGCUGCUUGAAAAUACCGAUGAUUAUAAUGUAUCGAUAAGAGUUGGCGAGAUGCCCAAGGUUCAAACAUUUAAGGCGCAUUCCGUCGUUCUCCGCACACGGUCUACUUAUUUUCGAAAUGCUUUAUCAAGCGAAUGGGCUAUAAUCGAAGACAACACUUAUAUUUUUACAAAACCGAAUAUUACUCCUGAAAGUUUUGAAACAAUAUUAAACGGUACUGUCUCGUGGAAAAAUUUUGAUGGAGAGAAAACCUUGGAACUUCUGGUAGCUGCCGAUGAGCUUUGCUUGAGCGAACUUUUGGAAUACGUUCAGGAUUAUUUCAUUACAAAAGGAAAUGAUUGGUUAUUGGAAAAUAUUAAUGAAUAUUGUCAUACUAUAUUUCAACACGAGAAUUUUCACAAACUUCAAGAGAGCUGUAUCAAAAUGGUUUCAAAUGAUCCACAAAAAUUUCGUAAACAUGGAAGAUUUAUGGAAUGGCCAGAGAAAUUAGUUAUUGGGAUAUUGAAGAGAGAUGAUCUUCAUCUUGAAGAAAUUGAUGUUUGGAUAUUAUUACUUAAAUGGGGCAUAUCCCAAAUUGAGUUAUCCUUUUAUCCUAAAGAAUGGGAUCUAGAAGAUUUUUCUAGAUUAGCUUUAAAAUUAAAGGAUUGUAUACAAUUCAUAAGGUUUUAUCAUAUCUCCGGAGCAGAUUUUUAUAAUCACGUGAGACCUUACGAAGCAUUACUUCCAAAAGAUUUAUAUGAAAACCUUUUACGUUAUCAAUUUAAAAUGGACAAACCACCCAUUUCAACAGAUAUUAUACCGCCUCGUGGGAUAGCGCUCGAUUCCAAAUUAAUUGGAUCAAGACAUGCCGCUCUAAUCGCCAGCUGGAUAGAUCACCAAAAAAAUUUUGAUCCGUUAACAUGUCAUUUAGUUCCUCCAAUUUUAAGUCGUAUCAAAAAUUACAAUGUUGCUAUAGAUGAUUCACCUUGCAUUGGACCCUGUUUCGGGGUUUCCGAUUUGGUUAUGGUAGAAUCUUCGAGACAUGCAAAUGGAAAAUUUAUUUAUGAUCUCCCUUGGAGUUGUAUUCAAAGAUGUUACGAAAAAUCCAUAACCACGACCACAAAUUUCGCUAUAGAAGAUUACGAAGUCAUGAAAGAAAAAAUUUCAAGACAUCUAUCUUUCUUUAAGGAAAAGUUUUCCCAAAAAAAAUCGAAAGCUCGCCUUGAGAACAAAUAG